CUGAUAUUGAGAGCAACAAAUUAUAGCCAAAGACAAAAGUUGUGCACUGGACUACGCCAGUGAUUUAUGGAGAAGUCAGAGAGAGAGAGAGAGAGAGAGAGAGAGAGGGGAGUACGCAUGGCCUAUGGAGGGAGAGGAGGGAAUGCUUUUGGAAGGAAUGAAGAGAGUGGGUGUAAAUAUGCGUGAGAGGACUUUGUUAGACAUGAUCUUAUCUUAUGAAAUAAAUGCGCGCGGAACUCAUAAGGACUUUGUUAGACAUGAUCUUUCCAUAUAGGACCGGUCCGGAAAUUCUCCAGAAAGAAGGACCAAAGCCCACUAAAUGAUCAGUUUCUUUGGUCCUUAUUAGGAGGAUACAGGAACGAACGGCGGGACAAAAACCCGCGUACUCGUUUCACUAUAACAUUCCCGAAGCGAGCCAAUUCUCACUCCAAUCGUUAUGGCUCCACUUCUUAGUCGAGGUAGACCAUUCUAUCCACUCUCAAUACACGAACGGCGAUUCGUAUGAGAGGGAGAGAGAGCCUCAGAGAGAAACGAAGGUCUGCGAAGAAGACAGGUGAUUAUUCGUCUCUCGACCGGUCGAACUUUCUAGCCUCCAUUCAGCAUCUCCAUCGUCAAUCUAAUCACCAUUUUCCCAGACCCGUCUUUGACCUAGUACCAUCAAUUCAGGUCCACAAUUGAAAAGCGGUAACUUAUGGAGCUUAAUGGUCCAAAUCGAACCUUUAGUCCUUGGAAACGGCGACGCCCAGAAUACAAGGGUAGCCACUUAAUUACCCGCCAUUCAUUUUUCGAGGAGUUUGAUCGAGACAUCUAUGCCAACAUGGACUUGGACAUUGACACCAAAAGAGCUGCGCUGAAAGUCUCAGCAUCUGUUGUUAGUUUGGUGUCUCUUACCGGUGGUAAGCCAUUUUUUAUGGGCUCUGGCACUAUUAUAGAGUCAGAGGAAGUUGAUGGUACACACCUCAGUACCAUCCUAACUUCUGCAAGUCUACUCCGAUCUACUCCUGAAUCAGAUGCUUUACCUGGUGAUAUCAAGAUUGACGUGUACCUAUCAGAGGGCAAAUUUUUGGAGGGACAAGUGUUCUCGUAUGAUUUUCACUACAAUAUUGCAGCUAUUAGGAUUAAAACAGAGCUAGCUUUACCAUCUGCAACCCUUAGGAUUUUGGAUGAUUCCAUCUCGGCAGUUCCAAGUGCAAUUUCAGAGUCCUUUCAGCUCCGUCCUCACUCAGAUGUAUUUAACCUUUGUCCUGGUGACAUGGUUGUAGCUGUUGGGCGCUACUUCGAGAAGCCCAAUGACCUUAUGUCUGCUCCGGGUAAAUUCAGUCUUGACUGCAUCAAGUUUGACUGUAAAGAGCUUUUCAGGACGAAUUGCCAAAUUUCGAAGUGUGGUAUUGGUGGACCCCUUGUCAAUCGCUAUGGAGAAGUGAUAGGAGUCAAUUUUUAUGAUUCUCUAUGUACUCCCUUUCUUCCUAUCAACAUAGUUGUUAAAUGCCUAGAGCACUUCAAGAUAUAUGGGAGAUUUUGUCGACCUUGGCUUGGAAUGGAAAUGACUAAUCUUCAUGCGGGAAGCCUAGGGAUAUUGGAUAAAAUUAAACAAAAGUUCCCCAAUAUCUCCAAAGGUGUUCUUGUUGAAGAGGUUAUUGAAGGGUCCCCUGCUGAAUGUAGUGGAAUAUGCAGUGGUGAUGUUAUCAUUCAAUGCGGCAACAAAGAUGUCCGGAGUUUUUUGGAGUUCUAUGGAAUGAUGUUGGAGCAGACUGGGGAAUUUGUGGAGUUGGUUGUGGUACGGGAAACAAGUGGUCAACGUUUGCAGAUAACUGUGACGGCUAAUGAGACUCGCCCUGAUAAAUUUUACAGAUGGCCUCUCCCCGAAAAGCGUGAGGUGUGCGUUGGGUGCAUUCGGUAGGGAUGUUCAUGUGCAGUGGAGUUGUAACUGGAAUGUAUGAACACGGAGAUUUUCCGGAGUGGUAUUUAUUUAGUAAUGGUCAACUUUGGUUUGCUGCCUAACAUAGGUCUAGUAUUUAUUGAUAUAGCCGCAAGUUGUUUAAUUAUGCUUUGUCUUGUUUUGUAUACAUUAGAUUCAUUUCUAUACAUUAGAUUCAUUUCCUAA